AGGCAAACUCAAUCGACACCCGAGUAACCGAUUAGAUGUUGAGCGCCCUUCUCUGACCACAGUAGCAUUUUAAUUGUCCAGGUAUUUCCGCCUGUUUGCUUCCAACAGUAGCUGCGAGUCGAAGCGGGAUGCAUACGGACUUGGCUUUCUCCUCUCGCCGGUCACCUGUUGUGUGUUUACACGGCUGCGUGGCAUCGAGCCAGCCGCUAGCUUCCGGUAUAGGACUGGAUAUCUUGAAGCGUGGCGGUAAUGCAGCAGAUGCUGCGGUCGCCAUAGCAGCAGCGCUGUCGGUAACCGAGCCAUGCAGCACCGGCCCCGGUGGAGACGCCUUCUGCUUGUUCUACAACGGAAACACUGGAGAGAUCAGAGGAAUAAACGGCAGUGGUCGUUCGCCCAGAGCUCACACCCUGGACUUCCUGGAAGGGCGUGGUUACACCUCAGAGGCACCUCCCUCGCCGGCCGAUGCCUUGAAUGUCACAGUACCAGGCGCCCCUGCAUGUUGGUGUGAUACUGUACAGCUGUUUGGUAGUCAUAAGCUGUCCUUGCAGGAAGUUCUGGGUGGGGCGGUGGAGCUUGCAGAGUUCGGAUUUCCCGUUGCAGAGAUUACGGCUCACCACUGGGCGAAAUGGGUGGCAGCUCUGAGAGACGAUGGGAAGGAACUGGGUGGAGACCUGCUAAUCGAUGGUCAUGCCCCCAAAUGUGGACAAGUUUUCAGGAACCCAACUAUGGCCCAGACCCUGAAGGAGCUCGGCGAGCGCGGAAAACCAGCUUUCUACCAGGGCAGAGUGGCCCAAGCGAUAGUAGAGAUCAUUAACCGGAAUGGAGGCGUUAUGACCCUGGAUGACCUCAGUAGCCAUGACAGUGAGGUCAUCACCCCCAUAAGCACAGAAUACAAGGGUGUGCGUCUGUGGGAGCCGCCUCCUAACAGUCAGGGGUUGACUGCCCUGCUGCUGCUCAACAUCCUGGAGAACUUUCCUCUCAAAGCUGCAGGCCAUAACAGCUCUGACUACAUCCAUGUACUGGUGGAGGGUGUACGCUUGGCACUAACAGAUGCUCUGCGUUACCUUGGUGACCCAGAUCAUAUGACCAUCCCUCUCAAAAGCUUACUGGAAAAGAGCUACAGUCACCAGCGAGCGCAGCGCAUCUGCAUGGACAGGGCCAUGGAAGGAGUGGAGCCUGGCCCGUCAACAGGAAGUGACACAGUCUAUUUCUGUGUGAUCGACAGUCAGGGCAACGCCUGUUCAUUUGUCAACAGCACCUACAUGGGCUUUGGAAGUGGGCUCGUCCCUACGGAUUGUGGAUUCUCACUGCAGAAUCGCGGUGCCUACUUUUGUCUGCAUCGUAACCACGUUAACUGCGUUGCUGGCGGGAAGCGUCCAUUUCACACUAUAAUAGCCGCACUUCUCACUGACUCUGCAAGCACGUCACAAAGGCCACGCCUCCUCGCGGCACUGGGGCUGAUGGGGGCAUUGAUGCAACCACAAGGACAUGUCCAGGUGUUGUUGAACAUGCUUGAGUUUGGGAUGGAUCCUCAAGAAGCUCUAGACGCACCAAGAGUCUGUGUGCAGUAUGAUCACAAAACUGAUCAGUGGUCGGUUCAUUUGGAGGAAGGGAUCGGCCGGGAAGUAGCGGAAGAGCUGAGAAGACGCGGCCACAAAGUCUGCUGGCCAAUUACAGGCCACAUGAGGGCUCAGUUUGGGCGAGGACAGAUCAUCACAGUUGGCGAUUGGUGGAGCCCAUCUGUCAAUCAAGCUGAUCAACCAUCCAGGGUGCUUUGGGCGGGAUCAGACCCCAGAGCAGAUGGAUGUGCCCAGGGAUACUAGAGACAAGUGACCGCUCUGCUUCCAUGUCGAAGUGAUAAUCAAAAAACAUGAUCGCACACAUUAACUGUUGAUCAGAGGUACUUUGGAUAUAUCUCCAUUCAGAUUGUUUUUGUUUAUUUUCCUACACUUUAAAGUUAAGUACAUUUAGUGAUUUAACAGUAACUGUAUUUCAAAUGAUUUGUGAAACACAAUGGAGCUUGUUAUAAUUUUAUACAUUUUUACAAAUGACAAAUGAAUUUGUUCCUACCUGACGAAGAGCUGAUUUGGGCCUAAAAUAUCUUCAUUACAAAAAGAAAAGUACAAUGUUUUAACUGGAGUAUUUAAUAUAGUUGUAAAUAAUGAGAGAAUAAUAAAUCAGUUAUAACUCUUUUAAUUUAGCCCCAGACAGGAUAAAUGUGUGUGUGUUUUUACACUGGUAACUAACAAGUCUUAAUAGAGAUAUUGAUCACAUGAUCAGUUGGUCCGUCCAUCAUUCUGGUCCCCACUGAAUAUGUUAACUGUCUAUUCUUUGACCCUUUCUCCAGCCCCUCCAGAUCAGAGUCCAAUGGGCACAUUGCCAUCAAAUUGUCUAAGCACAUUCAUGCAGACCAGAGGAACAAAAUGUGCACAAAAGAUAUAUCAAAAACUCUUUUGCUCAUAACCAUACAAUUAGCUGGACGUGUUUUUCAGACGGGAUAAUUCAAUUACACGCAGUGUGUACGCAGUGGCUCCGUUUGGGGGUUAUUGAAAAAUGAGUGAGUUGUUAAACUACCUGCAAACCACUUGCACCUUGGAGCAGGAAUCCAAAUCAUUCCACUUCUACACAAGUCUCUUUAUGUAAAAGCAUGAUGUUGUACUUUGUUUCAUUGUUGAUCUCAUUACAGCUACCAACCGUACCUGGUACCAAACAUUUAGCCGAUAGAGAUCCAUGUGUUCUGUCACCCUCUUAAUUAACGCGGCUUCAAACAGCUUGUUAAAGCCGGUUGUUAGUAGCCAGUUACAGCUUUUAGCUCACUCUAUCUGAAUGUUUUGCAUUCCAGCUGGAUUAUAACUUAACUCACAACAUGCUGGCCCCCUAAAACACUCACAGUACACAUACACAGCACCAGUACAAGUCAUGUUGUGCCUGCUAGGCUGUUUUCUCCUUCUGACCUAGAAAAAAAGCAGACUCGCCAAUCGGCACUGUCAAUAACGUGGGAACAAAGUAUCUAUGGUUUUGCUGUCAUGGGAAAACCUUUACAGUCUCCGUUUGUUUAAUGUUUUAUUUUCUAUAGUGCUUAAAUGUAGCAAGUAAUAUUUACCUUUAUGGCCUAUAUCCUUUCUUUUUGGCCUUUACCUUUAGUUUUUAGUUGUUUUUUUUAGUUUUUUUUCUUCCCGGAAAAGUUCCCAUUUUGGACAAUGCUGUUUUCACUGAAUCAUUUCUAUCCUUUUCCUAUUUAUACACCAGCAAUGUUUUUAUAAGUGUUGUACAAUGACCUCACUACAGUUCACAGGGAUUCGCUAUUUUGGUUUCAAGUUACUGUACAGAUCCAAAACAAAUGGUCCGUUUAUAAAAUAUGAUCUAUUUUGACAGAUUUCUUUUCUAAAAUUAGCUCCAACCUUGAUAGCAUCAUUGACAAUGAUCCAGUAACAUAACUUUCUCGCAUUCUUUUCCUUAUUCCAUUUUGUUGAUAAUACGUCUGUACGUUUCAUUUCUUAUUCAGCACUUUUAAAUGUAAGAGCGUUACAAUAAACUAAAAAAAUCUGGCCAUUA